AUGUCUGAGACUCAAAGCUACAGCAGGUCUUCUUCAAGAACAGACGAAAGAAGUUCAACUCCGGACAUAUUGAUUUCUGAGUGUGAUGAACGUUUUUUUAGGUCUCUGGAGGAGUUUAUAGAGCGGGAGAAACUGUAUCUACAGUGCCAACAACAGGGACCUGAUGAACUGCGGUACAUCGUCUACCGCCAUGUGUUUAAUAAGGUGAUUGGACGAGCGACGACUUAUAAGAGGCUCCUGUUGACCAUAAAGUCAGAGUACGACAAUGUGGUCCGGGCUCUGCAGAAAAGGGAGGAUGAGUUCAGGGCGGCUAAACAGAGGAUGGCGGCCUCAAUGUCACAUCCAAUAUCACUGAUGACCUGCCAGAGACGAGCCGCCCACCUGAGGGAGAGAAUCGAUGUCAUUCAGAGGGAAACAGCAGAACUUCAAGAUGAGAUGGAGAGACACAAAUCCUCUGAAAGGCAGAGCACAUGGAUACCUGGUUUGACGUUAGCUGACUCCGAGGAUCCUGAGGCUCUGGAUGGACACCUGAAGCAUCUGGAAGCCCAGAGAACUUCUCUCCUGGAGAGGAAGGGUGAUGGUGUCUCUCUGGAGGUCAAAGCCCAGCUGGACACUGAGCUGCAGGCUGCAGAGCUCCACAGAGACCAGCUGAGCAGCAAAAACUACCUACUGAAGUCCAGGUACAAGAGUCUGAGGUUAGUGUCCGACCGUCUGUCCAGCUGGGAGUUUGAGAAGCAGCAGGUUUCUCUGGAGGAACUUCUGGAUUCCACACUGGAGGAUGUCAGACAGACCAGCGUGACGGACGAUGAUGGCUGCGGCAUGAACGCUGAACUGUUUGAGCACGAAGAGCCGACCGGUGUUGACGAGUCCCUUCUCCUGGCAGAUUGCCUGGACAGGUUUCUUGAGCUCUUUGAUUCGGCUCGGUAUGAGGAAGCGGCUCUCCUUGCUGCCAGAUCUCCCCGAGGAGUCCUGAGGAACCAGGACACCAUGGAGAUGUUUAAAGGUGUGAAGGGGCCCCCGGGGUCCCCCCCCCCUCUCCUCCUCUUCCUCCAGGCCCUCCUGAUGACGAGCCCGCCCGGCCAAUGGCUGCCGGCUGCUCUCUCCCUGCAGCUCGUCCUCUGCGCCCUGCAGCACGGCAACACGCAGCUCGUCACCCACAGCAUCAACAACAACAGACUGACUUUCUCUGAGGAUCUGGGCGACGUCCUGACUGAGCACGCUAAGAAGAACCCGGGCGUGGCCAAUGUUUGUCUGGCGUUGGCGACUUAUGUCUACACCGCCUGCAGACUGCACAGGAAGACCGCGCUGAGCAUGUGCAGCAGAGGCCUGAUCCACAGCGCCGCAGACUUCAUGAACCACUGCAAGGACCUCACAGCAGAGGACUGUUUGUGGGUUCUGAAUCUCUCGCCCAGCCUCGUCCUCCUCCAGCUGUUGACGGCGCCUCAGCAGGGUCGGGCGGCCAUCUUGUCGCUGGGCGUGUCCUGUUCCUCUCUGCUUGACGACCCUCAGCGGCAGCAGCUCGCUCUGCAGCUCCUGGACAGCUGUGUCAGCAGAGGACAAGGAGCUCUGGAGGAGGCCAUGCUGCAGGACGGCGGCUCUUCGAUGGACGUCUGGGAAGAUGUGGCGUCUCGGUGCUCCGAGCUGAACCGGGCCGACCUGAGCCGGGCCGUGCUGUCCGUCCUGCUGGAGCAGAGCGGGACCAGAGUCCUGUCCCCGGACCUGGAGGGGGGCCGGCUCAUGGAGCAUGUCUUUCUGUGAUAGGUAGAACAAUCACAGCUGAAGGAAGCAAUAAACAACAGCUGGUAACAACCUGGGUCUCCUU